AUGCUGAUUACUCUAGAAUGCGUUAUACUUGCGUUACAGGCGGUUGCUGCAGUUCGACUUGCAUUAGAAUCACCUUUUGAAACUACUGGUCAAUCAAGCAAUAGACUAUCAAAACGAUCACCUGUUGAAUUGAGUGGUGAUUUUGGUCAAUGUUACAGAAUGAAAUCCAAUGUUAAUGGAGUCAGUUUGAAUUUACUAGUCGAUUCAGCAAUGUCUGAUAUAAUCAUGCCACUUCCUAGUUCUAGUGACGAUGUAGGUUUGAAUCCACGACACACUCCAAAUGGACAACCAGUUGCUAUAGAGUACAAAGGCGAAGAGUAUAGAGGAGUUAGUUCCAAUGCAGAUGUGACGAUUCCGGGUACUAGGAUAACUGGCAUCAAUUUACCAGUAAUAGCAGUUGAAAAACAAUCGGCAGAUAUAGUUGGUAUUCAUCCAAGGUUUGAUGGAAUAUUUGGAUUUGGCUAUACCUCGUUGUCAAAACAUCAUUCACCAGCCACUGCAAUGGAUAUUUUGUACACCAAUGAUGUCAUUCCUAAUAACGAGAUUGGUCUUCAACUAUGUCCGUAUGGCAUGCUUUCAGAUAGUUUCAUCAAUAUAGGAAACACGGACGUAACUGCAAAAUGCGGAACAGAUGGAAGGAGUGUUGCAUGGGUAGACUCACCAUCAGACGAUCAAUUUUCCAUCAACAUCAAAAGUAUACUAGUCAAUGACGAACCAGUGGAGCUGCCUGCUGAAUUCCAAAAAAAGGUGGAAAAUGGACGUACUUUGUAUUCGAGUGUGGAAACAUGUUCUGCAUAUAUACAUUUGCCUGAAACAGUCGUGGCUACGUUGAUCAAUGCUAUUCUUGAUAGUGGUGCGAUCACUUCUAAAAGUAUAUUAUUUAAAAACAAACUCGGCAAAAUAAUGGUUAAAAUCAACUUACAGGGAAACUUUUUAAUAUCCAAAUUUGAUUUUAAAAUCGAUUGGGACAAGAUGCCGUCGCUUACAAUUACAAUGCAUGCUGAAACCCCCGUAACUGAUGACAAUCGCAAUUCUGUUGUAGCAAUCAAAUUGGGUCCCAAAGACUACAUACAGAGAUAUGAUUCUGAAGAUUGCAAGUAUUUGACAAUCAUGUUUAUUGUAACAGCUGGUUCAAAUGAUUAUGCAAUUCUUGGUAGAUCAUUUAUGACCCGACUUGGAUUGACAUUUGAUCGAGCACAUAAACGCAUUGGGUUUGGUCCUGGGUGUGGAUGCGAAGUUGCGACUAGCGACUAUCCUACUAUUUCGGACCAUUAUCGAGUGCUCUGGCCAUUAACACAAUUACCUGAACAACCAAGUACUUCAGGUUCAGAUGGUGCAUUUAUUCGCAGAAGGAGACCAACAACUACAACUGAUCAAGUAGCUGUACCUGAAAACACCCAUCACGCUGUCAAGAGUCACAAACAGACUCUCAAUAAACUCGACUGA